GUAAGUUUGCCACUCAAAGGCCAAAGCAUGCCAUUGGCAUACUCAUUAUGCUUCAUCCUUCCCGGUCUCCCACCUGCCCGUUGUUCUCUUUUCUACUAGCAACAAUUCAACAAGACAACAACCCAAGAAAUUUCAAAUAAUGACAAAUGGGCCCAUUUCUCGCUCCACCGUCGAUUGCCCUGGUCGCCACCUUUCCCCAAGAGAAAGACUGCUGAUCGGACGGCGUACAAAGUAGUCCAAAGCUCUGCUUUUUAUUAGUUUACUCUUUUCCCUUUCCUUUGUUUAGUUCCUCCACUAACUUCACUCACUCAACUCACUGGUUUCUUCCAGUCUUACUUUCUCCUCUUUCAGUAAUGGCGGUUCCCAAACUUUACUCUCCCUGCCCAAUUUCCCACAUCUUCUUCCUCUCCGCCAUCGCCUUAGCCCACAUUUCUGCUGCUACCACGACGGAUGUUGAGCUUCUCCUUGGCAAGAUCAAACCUUUGCUCCAAGGUAACAACAAUGAAAACCUCCUGCUUUCAUCUUGGAACUCCACCACCGUCCCACUCUGUCAAUGGCGAGGUCUCAAAUGGGGUUUCUCCAAUGGCUCUCCUCUCUCUUGUUCAGAGGACCUCUCAGCUCCACAGUGGUCCAAUCUUUCCCUCUUCAAAGAACCUUCUCUUCACCUUUACUCCCUCCAGCUCCCUUCGGCUAACCUCACUGGUUCACUCCCCAGAGAGGUUGGUGAGUUCUCAAUGCUUCAAGGUUUGUUCGUUAACUUCAACUCGCUCACUGGAACCAUACCCCUCGAGCUCGGUUACAGCUCUUCACUCUCUCAUAUUGAUUUGAGUGGCAAUCUGUUAACUGGGUCUUUACCUCCUUCAGUUUGGAGCUUGUGCGAUAAAUUAGUGAUAGUUAGGGUUCAUGGCAAUUCCUUAUCUGGGGUGGUUCCUGACCCUGCCGCAUUACUACCCAAUUCCACUUGCGAGAAGUUGGAGGUGCUUGAUUUUGGUAGCAAUAGGUUUUCAGGGAAGUUCCCUGAAUUUGUCACCAAGUUUGUAGGGUUGAAGGAGCUUGAUCUUUCAAGUAAUGCGUUUGAAGGGCAGAUUCCUCAGGGCUUACAAACCCUGGAGAAGUUGAAUCUUUCGCACAAUAACUUCAGUGGGAUGUUGCCUGCCACUUUCCAGGGCUCCAAAUUUGGGGUGGAGGCUUUUGAAGGGAACAGUCCCACACUUUGCGGGUUUCCCUUGAAAAGUUGCAGUGGAGCUGCAACUUCUGGGGGCUUGAGCGCUGGCACCAUAGCUGGGAUCGUGAUCGGGUUGAUGACUGGAGUGGUGGUCUUGGCUUCACUUUUGAUUGGUUAUGUACAGAACAAGAAGAGGAAAGGGAGGGGAGAUAGUGAGGAUGAACUGGAGGAAGGAGAAGAUGAUGAGGAAAAUGGUGGCGGUGGAGAAGGGAAGCUGGUGAUGUUCCAAGGUGGCGAGCAUUUGACUCUCAACGAUGUGCUGAAUGCCACGGGACAAGUUAUGGAGAAAACGAGCUACGGGACCAUAUACAAGGCGAAGUUAAGUGAUGGGAGCACGAUUGCUCUGAGGCUUUUAAGAGAAGGGAGCUGUAAGGAUGGAAGUUCUUGUUCAUCUGUGAUCAAACAACUAGGGAAAAUCAGGAAUGAGAAUUUGAUUCCCUUGAGAGCUUUCUACCAAGGGAAAAGGGGUGAAAAGCUGCUUAUUUAUGACUAUCUUCCACACCGUAAUCUCUAUGAUCUGUUACAUGAGACUAAAGUGGGGAAGCCAAUGCUCAACUGGGCCAAGCGACACAAGAUAGCGUUAUGCAUUGCCAGGGGGUUAGCAUAUCUCCAUACGGGUCUCGAGACGCCUAUUACACACGGCAACGUGAGGUCUAAAAACGUGCUGGUCGACGAUUUCUCCGUUGCUAGGCUCACCGAGUUUGGACUUGACAAGUUGAUGGUCCCAACUGUAGCUGAGGAGAUCGUAGCCCAAGCGAAAACCGAUGGUUAUAAAGCACUGGAGCUCCAGAACUUGAAGAAGUGCAAUUCCAGGACGGAUGUAUAUGCAUUCGGCAUACUUCUGCUUGAGAUCUUGAUAGGCAAGAAACCAGGGAAAAAUGGGAAGGACAGUGACUUUGUGGACCUGCCAUCGAUUGUGAAGGAGGCAGUGCUGGAGGAAACAACAAUGGAAGUUUUCGAUAUUGACAUUCUGAAGGGUCUCAGAAACCCCAUGGAGGAAGGUCUGCUACAGGCGUUGAAGCUUGCAAUGGGGUGCUGUGCUCCAGUUCCUUCUGUCAGGCCAACCAUGGAUGAAGUAGUGAAGCAGUUGGAGGAGAACAGGCCUAGAAACCGGUCUGCCCUUUACAGCCCGUCUGAAACUAGGAGUGAACUUGGUACACCAUUUUGAAGCGUUCUUUACUGCUUGCAUUGUUUCCUUUUCCAUUUGCGGUAGGUCAGUUCCUUGGACCGGUUUUACUGAGAGUAGUUUGGCAAAUGGUUGACGUUGUAUUGUUGUUGUAUCUUCGUGCUUUGUUCCUAUUGAUAUUCAAAUAUAUAAUUUAGUUUUAGUUAUUUAUAAAUGGGUUAAUAGCACUUUGUACCCUUCUACUUUUGCCGAUUAACAAACAUACCCCUCUAUUAAUUUAUUGCACGAAUAAACCCUUCUAAUAUUAGAAUGUAACGAUUGUACCCUUCCAUUCAAUUUUAUGUUGAAAGACCGUUAAAUGGGCUGUAAAAUGACCUUAUUGCCCCUCACUAACUCCUAAUUUUGAUUUAAUUUAUUUAUUUUAUCUCUAAACCAAUUUUAUUAAUAAUAAAAACCUAGGGCGUCUCUUCAAUAGCAAACGUUUCUUCUUCCUCUCUACCCCGUGAUGGAAUUGAAAACAGGGGCGGUUUCAUGGUGGGGUAGUAUUACAUUGUGCUGAUGAAGCUCAGGCGAAUAAGGUUCGGCGGAGUAGGAUUCGGAAGCUGAGAGUGGCGGCGAAGAGAACGAAUAUGAGAAUGCUGAAGACGGGACGAACUGACCGUUUCAUUGUUGCUCUAGCUCAAUCCGUCGUCAUCGGCGGAGCAAGGUAUUGCUAAUUGUCUUCAUCAAAGUGCGGCAAUACCCAUCUCAUAUCCAUUUUCGGCUUUCUCGUCGGAGAUGGGUUCUUCCGUUCUUCCCCAAAUUGCAAAGGGAAUCUCCAUAAACAAUAAGACGGCGGUGGGUAGGUGCUACGAGGAGAGAUUGAGGAGGGAAGAAGAAGGGUUAGAAAUGGGAAUUUCAUGAGUAGAGUGGGAGAGAAAGAGAGAGGAAUGGCGGAGUGGGAGAUAUGGGCACGGGGAGAGAGGAAGGCGGGGGUAGGAUUUAUAAUGGUGGUGGCGGAGAUGAAGGCUCCUUGUUGCGGCGAGAAUCGGAAUAGCCAAAGGCCAGAUUCGUUCCUUUUCGUUAAUGGCGAGGAAUGCUGGGGGUGUCCCGAUAGAAUCUGACGGCGGUUCGGAUUGCCGGGACGGUGACGGCGGUGAGAGUGAAGUUGCUCGCAUGAUUUCAAUUCCUGCUCCCCCUUUUUCCUCCUGUUUUUCGUAUUCGUCUUUUGUGUUUGUUUAUUUUAAAGAUAAAACUUAAUUAAAUCA